GGAACGUUGGGUGCGUUCCCGGAGCAACAGGGAAGAUGGCAGCCCUCACAUCUCUAACCCAGUUGUCCAGUGGGAACCCUGUAUAUGAGAACUUUUACAGGCAGGUGGAUCCUGGGAAUACAGGGAGAGUAGGACCAACAGAAGCUGCUCUUUUCUUAAAAAAGUCUGGACUCCCUGACCUUACUUUGGGAAAGAUCUGGGAUUUGGCUGAUCCUGAUGGCAAAGGCUACUUGGACAAACAGGGGUUUUAUGUGGCUCUACGACUGGUUGCCUGUGCUCAGAACAGUCUGGAAGUCAGCUUGUCCAGUCUCAGCCUAACAGUCCCUCCUCCGAAGUUUAAGGACACCAGCAGUCCAUCUCUAAGCAGCACAGUCUCUGUUCCUGCUGAAUCGCACUGGGCUGUCAGGCCAGAGGAGAAGAAUAAAUUUGAUGGGAUUUUUGAAAGUCUGGCUCCAGUCAACGGCCUGCUGUCAGGAGAGAAAGUCCGCCCAGUCUUAAUCAACUCCAAGCUACCUCUGGAUGUCCUUGGGAAGGUUUGGGACCUGAGUGACAUAGACAAGGAUGGCCACCUAGACAAAGAUGAGUUUGCAGUGGCCAUGCACCUGGUGUACCGGGCCUUGGAAAAAGAGCCUGUUCCUGCACUCCUCCCCUCUGCUCUCAUCCCUCCAUCUAAGAGGAAGAAGAGUCUCAGCUCUGUGGCCAGCUCUUUACCUGGACUGCCUGCAAGCCCUCCUCCACCUAAAGAUUCUCUACGUUCCACACCCUCCCAUGGCAGCAUGAACUCACUCAACAGCACUGGCAGCCUGUCACCUAAACACACACUCAAGUCUGGACAGCAUUCAGUGAACUGGGUGGUCCCUGUGUCAGAGCGUGGCCGCUAUGACGAUAUCUUCCUAAAGACGGAUGCUGACAUGGAUGGUUUUGUCAGUGGACAGGAAGUAAAGGAGAUCUUCAUGCAAUCUGGACUUUCUCAGACUCUUCUUGCCCAUAUAUGGGCUUUAGCAGAUACAAGGCAGAUAGGCAAGCUGACCAGGGAGCAGUUUGCCCUCUCCAUGCAUCUUAUCCAGCAGAAAGUCAGUAAGGGCAUUGAUCCUCCACAAGCCCUGACUGCCGAUAUGAUUCCACCUUCUGAAAGAGGCACUCCACUACCAAGUAUGUCAGGAUACAUUACUCCAGUGGGAUCUGAGAUGGCUGCUCUGUCAGAAAUGAGGCGGGACAGCUCUAGUUCAGUGGGUUCAGGAGAGUUCACUGGCAUCAAGGAGUUGGAUGACAUCAGCCAGGAGAUAGCUCAGUUGCAAAGGGAGAAGUACACUCUUGAGCAGGACAUCAGGGAAGCAGAGGAGGCUAUCAGACAUAAGAGUGCCGAGGUGCAGGAAAUGCAGAAUGACCUGGACAGAGAGACAACCAGCCUGCAGGAGUUAGAAGCUCAGAAACAAGAUGCCCAGGACCGGCUGGAGGAGAUGGACCAGCAGAAACACAAAUUAGAAGACAUGUUGAAUGAAGUCCGGAUUAAGUGCCAGGAAGAGUCUCAGAUGAUCUCAAGCCUCCAGACUCAAAUCCACUCCCAGGAGUCAGACUUGCUAAACCAGGAAGAAGAGUUGAGCCGGGCCAAGGCUGACCUGGGCCGGCUGCAACAAGAGGAGAAUCAGCUGGAGCAAAGCCUGGCCGCAGGAAAGAUUCAACUAGAGACCAUCAUCAAGUCUCUGAAAGCAACCCAGGAUGAGAUCAACCAGGCUCGCAGCAAGCUGUCACAGAUUCAAGAUAGUCAACAGGAAGUGUCUAAAAGCAUUGAGCAGUACAACAGCACCUUGAAUGGAAACCAUGGAGGCAGCAUGACCAACUUGGCUGACAUGAGUGAAGGCUUCAGUGACCGAGAGAAUGGAGGAUUUCCAGCCAUGGUGAGAGCAGUACAGGAGGACCCAUUCAAAGUGAAGCCAUCUGUGUUUAACAGUCAACCUCAGGGGCUUCCCACUGACCCCUUCCAGUCUGAAGACCCCUUCAAAACAGACCCAUUCAAAGGCGACCCUUUUCAGAAUGAUCCUUUUGCAAAGCAGCCACCAGUACCCACAGAUCCAUUUGGAGGAGACCCCUUCAAAGAGACAGAUCCAUUCAAGGCUUCAUCAGAAGACUUCUUCAAGAAAACCACAAAGAUGGAUCCCUUCUCCACACCAGACCCUUUCAGUAAAAGUGCCACUUUACCCUCCAAGCAACCUACUACCUUCACAAGCAGUGACCCAUUUUCUUCAAGCCAUCAAAAACCUAAAGGAUCAGACCUCUUUGGCACACUGGACCCGUUUGGCAGCAGUUCAUUCAACAGCAGUAACACUUCUGUUGGAUUUGCAGACUUCAGCCACAUGUCGAAGUCCAGAGACCCUUUUGAAGGAAGGGCCACCUGGCUUCCAGACUACCAGAAGCCAGUGUUUGUGGAUGAUCCAUUCAGCAGGAAGAAUGACAUGCCGGCUCUGCCUCCAAAGAAAAGUGUUCCCCCAAGGCCCAAGCCACCCAGUGGUAAGACCACACCAGUGAACAUGACUGGUUCAUCUGACUCUUCCAAACCCUGUGAUCCUUUCAAACCAUUCAGUGGCGAGGUCAUUGACCCUUUUCAGAGUAAAAAGGGCCUGGGAGACCCAUUCAGCGGCAAAGACCCUUUUGUCUCAUCCUCAGCAUCAAGUAAACCCACUAAAGGCUCUACUUUGGGUUUUACAGACUUCAAUUCUUUUGGAAACGAGGCUCAGCAGUUAGAAUGGGCUAAACGUGAAAGCGAGCGUGCAGAACGUGAGCGGCUGAAGAGACUCAGACAGCAGGAACAGGAGGACCUGGAACUGGCCAUUGCCCUCAGUAAAGCAGAGAUGUCCAAUGCAUGACCUGGAGGUCCCACUACAUGUGAAUACUUGUAUAGCCAUAGUGAGGCUAACCUGCAGACAAAGGUGACUGACUGAAAUAUUAAGACAUGAAACGCAUCACUGAACUAAUUACUGCACACACACUCACACAGAACUCCACACUCAGUGACUUUAUUGGAUUGGAAGAAAACAAGAAACUUUCAGACAAGUUUGGAUGAUGGCCCUGCAAACAGAAAAAAAAACAGUAAAACAGAAUCGUGGGUUGCAAAACAUCAUUGAAAAACGGGUGCUGACAUGAAGAAAAGGGGAACUGAAAUAUAAAGACGUGGAAAGAAAGCUGCUUGGUAGAAAGAGUGUACAGGCCCCAUAGUAGCUACACGGUAAUGUUGUUUUACCGAUUAGGGAGACUAGCUAAUCGCUGCACGACAGUUUGUAUCACGUCAUGUUUCUUUGUUUUGUUUUUUAAGCUACACUCACCAUAUGGAAACAAACCUUGCUGUCAUUAAUAGACGAGCAGAUGACCUUUUCUUUUGUUGUAACAAUCAGCAGCAAAGAAAUUGCCCCUGUAAUUCUCAGAAGGGACUUGUAAAUUGGUUGUAUCAUUUAGUUAAUGAAAUUACAUGAUGUAGUAAGUAUGUCAGUUAAUAUUCAGUGCUAAUGCAUAGAAUGAGGUUUAAAUUCCUAUUUGGUAUAGAGAGGCUUAUAGAAAGGACUGGAUUCAUUCAGUAAUACUCAUUAGGGGAGGGUUUAAAAAAUCGAUUUCCCCGAUUCAAAUCGAUUUUUGUUUGAAUAAAGCGAUAUCGUGUCAUUAAAUCCUGAUUCGAUUUUUAAUUAUUUUUAAGUAUUUGGUCAGAAACGACAAAAUCUCAGCUUAAAGCUCACAAAAUGACUUCAACAACCACAAAACAGCAAAUGAGAGCAGUUAAACGAAUUCUGCGAAAAGACGUAAACACAAAGCGCGGAUCGUUCACCCAAAGAUCUGCGCACAGACACGCCGUCAGGUGCUGAAAGCAAACAGAUUCUGAAGUCGCAGGUUUUGCCACUUUCCGACCAAAAUUCACUGAUAGGCAGCAAAAAAAGAUCAAAACUACGCUUCACGUGUGGAAAACAUCGUCGUGAAUUCCCUCUUACUUUACAGUUUUGCUUCCACUGCGAUAAAAAUCACACUUCCUGCACGGCUCUCUCUCUCAGUCUAUUUCAAGAACAGUUUCCAAUCUGAAAUCUGUUUUCUGCAUUAUGUACAAUUUUAUGUACAGCGCUGUUUUUUUUUCUCUGUAACUUUGCUCUGCUUCACAUCAGCAGCGUCAGGUAAUGUUUAUAUGCAGAUUCAUGGUUUUCUUCUGUUUUUGUUCAACUGCAGAAUAUUUUUCAGGCGGUUGUCUGCUUUAAAAAGCCAGGCCAGGAAAAUCUCCUUCAUGCUUUUCUGUGUUUUAUCCUCAGUUACUUUGACACAAAGUCACCUGCUGUGAUGCUCAAACCUUUGAUGUGUCAGCUUUUUAUACAUAGAUAUAAAAAUAUGGAUAUGUAUUAAUGAAUGAUCAGAACUAUAAUAUUUCUGACUGUCCGAAUCGAAACUGAAUCGAAUUGAAUCGGGGAUCAAAUCUGGACCUUCUGAGUCAAUCAAUUAUAGAAAUGAGUGACAAUAACCGGCCCUAAUACUCAUUAAAUAUUCUUUUAAGGCCAGACACUUACACUAACAAAGACUGAGAUAAGAAGUGAAAAGAUCGAUAUUAACAGUAUUUUUAAACUGUAUUUAACCACUUUGUUUCAAGCUAGACUAAAGUCAGUGCUUCAUUUUUUCUCAUGACUCCAGGUGAGCUUUUAUCUCCAAAUAUCAGGAUUUAGAGAUUAAACACUUUAACCAGAUAAAGAUUCAGGCAAUCUGGGAUACCAAGAGCCUUAUUAUCCAAUGGUUCCACUGUAUAACAAUUUUAACAGUAAUACCUUAAUGAAAUAUUCCUUCUGUGUACUACUGAAAUUCAAAAGGCCUCAAGGAACCACAGACAAUAUUAUCUUUUCAGGUGUGUGCGUUUAAAUGGCUUCUCUUGUGAAUUUGUCUUUCAGCCUCCAGUUUAAAUGUGACAUAAUGUGAAAACCCACUUUACUUUGUGUUGUGCUUAUUUAUCAUAAAGAAAUAAAUAAUACAGAGCGGGGGAAAGAGACUCAGAAUAGGGUUGUUUUUCUUUGUUACUCUUCUGCCUUGAGUCUGUAGCUUACAUGUUUCUCUUUUUCAGUAUUACGUUUGCCACCCAUCGCAGACGCUCCCUUCCCCUGGCUCAUCAUUUCAGUUUAAAAAAAAUUAUUUUAGCCUGGCAGUGUUUAAGGUAGAGUGUUUAUUGGCUCUUAUUCACAUUAUGGAAAAUGAAGACAUAAAAGUAACAGAAGCUGAGGGAAGCAGCAUGCAUUACAUUGGUUUCCUCUAAUGUGAUAACUACCCAAUGAAUGAAAAUAACUAUGUCAGGAUAUCGACAUAUUCUUUGGAGUGAGAGUAACGUACUGUAAAAAUAUGUUUUCCGUUAUCAUGAGUGAGGUCAUCGUGUAAAGAGUCCUCUGCACUGACCUGUAGAGCUUUCUUGCCGUCUCUGCGGUGUAUAUAGACAGAGCCUAUGCCUCUUCUUGACAACUGUACUCUGAUCACAGUGAUGUGAUAUCAUACCACAUCCAGUAAAUGAAAUAAAAGAUGAGGGAAUUAAUUUUUCAUAUUUCAACUAGUCUGUUUUUUAUUGAUUCUUUUUUAGAAACUGAUGGUUUUAGCCUUGUUUUUAGUUGGUGACUACAGAACAGCAAACAUAAGUUGCAGAUAGAUUUCUGACUGGCAGGAAACUGGAUGUUGAAGAGUGCUAAUUCUUAUGUGACAUAGUUUGAUGUUCCAUAACAACUCACUUUGUUUAUUUUAGGAGUUGUCUCUUUACUUGAACUAUGAACCAAUGCUUAAGGGAGACAGAAAUAAGUUGUUUCUAGAGUUUUGUUUUGUUUUUUAUUUGGAUUUUGUUUUUGUUUUUUUUACUGUCCCAAAAAAGCAGAUUUCAUUGAACUUAACUUCUGAGCUGUUAGUGCAAAGCAAAGCUUACUGAUGUGAUCUUUAUACUGUAACAUUGCACUGGAUGCAAUCUGAUGGAACCUAAAAAUGCUUCAGUCAUUCUGAAAUCACUUCAGAUUUGUUGCAAUUGAAUGAAAAUAUAAACUCCUUCUAAUAACAGAAAACACUGGCGUACAUUCUGCUCAACUUGAAAUUUAAUACAUAAAAAAAUGUACUGAAAUGUUCAGGUUGCGUCAGAUUUCAGUCCAAGACUGUGAUGGGAUGGUCCCAAAUAAGAGCUGGCGGCGUGUAAAGGCUUUGUACUGAGUGAUAUGACAGAAUGACCUCCAAUAAGUGUUACACUUGCUUUUCCACUCAUCACGUUGAAAAAAAAUGCUGGUACUAAUGUGGUUACUUUCAUGAUGCAACAUUGAAUAUUUGUUUGUCUUUUUCUUCCCAGAUGUCAGACAUGUUGAAACCGCUUUCCAGGGGGUCAGCAUUAUAUAAAUCCUUGUAAUGUGAAUUCACCAAAAUAGGAGUGAAAAGUGAAGUUAAGGUUGAUAAUGCACCCCUGAUUCUGCGAGUAAGAAGUGUAAACUGCCUCUCACAGCUUUUCUUUGUUAUGUUCACACAUCAAGAGUGUUUCUUUUACUAUAGCUGUUACUGAGCGGUGUCCUUAGUAUGUGAUAAACCUGCUUUCAUCUACUUCUCAGUCAUAAAACACAUGUUGGCUUUUAAGUCUCUGCCAUGAAUAGAAGCCCCCUCGUGUCCGUCCGUUUUCUCAGUUUAAAUAAAACUGUUCAUGAGCUUCUACGCGCCAGCAGCUCGUCAGCUACACACUUGUUCUCACUGCAUUAUAAAAAGUUACAGUUAACUUAAUUGCUAUCGAGUAAAACGCUUAUAGUGUGGUAUAUUAGAAGUUGAAUAAAGAGCUAUGUGUAUUAUCUAAAAGGUGCAGUAUGUUCAAUACCUUACUGCAGAAUUAUUUGCCCCUGUUUUUCACAGUGGCUAGUGGUGUUACUUUUGUUUGUUAACCAGAUUUCUUUCAUUCUUACAGCACAUUGACAUCAGAUCAAGCAUGUAUUGCAACAGCAGUCACCUAACAACUCAUCUAUACUAGCUUGAGAAGCAAUGUGAUCCAAACUUCUUGCUUGAGGCAUCUCUAAACUUGUCAAUGCUGAUUGUGACAUAAUAGUCUGACUGCUUCAUUAAGGUGAUAUCAUAGCAAGAAUGUUCAUGUUUCAAGUCUCCUUUGAGCUGGCCCCUCACAGGUGGAGUUUGACUUUUCGGCUUCCUGCCACAGUUCAAAGACGUGGUUGGUUUGACUUCUACAUAUGCUGUGAUUUUCACACAAAUAGGCUUCAUAACCUAACGUGCUGUAUACCACUGAGGUCACAAUGUGGGUGAUUUGCAUGUGGUACUGAGCCUGAAAGAAGUCUGUAUAGAUACAGCUAGAGGACUGAAGCUUUUGCUAUUCUUCUUGUAACUAUGUGGAACCCACACUGGCUUAAGUGCUAUAGAAGUUUAUUUUUCCCAGAACUAAAGAGAGUGUCCUUUGACUGAGUGUGUAUGUGGAUGGCUCAGCUGAAUUUUGAAAGCAAAACGUGGACUCGUUCUGUAUAUUAUAGGGCAGAGAGGUGCGUUAUCUUUAUAGCACAGCUGACAUUCUGUGGCGGUGUAUAUACUUCAACAAGCUAGGAUGUGAUAUUUUCACACAGUAUAACUAGCAACAUGUAGGAAACAGAGGGACCUGUGAUUACGCCAACGCACUCCUUGAGAAGUAGGGUUGGACAGCAGUUCUGUGGGUUUGAUUCUGACGUUCUGCACCAAUGCUGAAAACAAAACUUGAAAUAUUUCAAAAUUCAGAAAUUAGGGUAUGUGGUGAGAUGGAACAACAUGCAUAUUAUCAUUAGCACCAAGAACUAGCAGCACUCAAUACUCGGUCCUUCUGUAAAAGACCGCAUAUGAUGUGUAUCUGCAAUCACCCCGUCUGCUGUGUACUGCUGUUAACAGACUGGUACCAUUGUUCAUACUGUAUUUGUCAUUAGAUACCUCCAUUGUGCAAUAGAUAUGUUUCUUUUAUUGUUGUUUUAUGUAUAGUCUGAAAGAAGUCUAAUUUUUUAUAUGUUGUGUAUGUUUUUAAUAUAAUUAUUUAUGUAUCCACAGCCAGCCACUCUUCUGACCUGAUUUUCUUCCAAGCAUCAAAAGCCUUUUAUCGCAAAUCCUUUUUUUUUUUUUUUUUAUUUUGAGGAAAAACAAGUAAACACAAUGUUAAUUACUAAAUGUUAUUAAAAUAUCAACAGUGUUAGCAGUUAAGAAAUAUCAGCUUAUGAUUGAUGAUAAGUGUCAAAAUUACAGCUUAACAGUUUCUUUGUUUUAAUGUUCAUUUUAUCAGAAUGGUUCAUGUUUUCUUGUAGUGUGAAACCACUGAAUUCUGUCUUUGCUGGAAUGCUGAUGCUUAAUAUUAAGCAGGCAAAAUGAAUUCAUUGUGUCAUUCGUCAUUUAUUUGAUUUCUUUUCUAACUCUUGUUGUUGUUGCUCUCUCUGCUAUCGACAAAUUAUUCAGCGCUGUUUUUAUAAAAAUGCAUACAGUGCGUGUACGUUCUCUGUAGUAUCAUGUCUGGUAUAUGUGUCCUAACAGCAUAAACAAACGAACCAGUGAAUUUUAGAGGAAAACAUUUGGAACAACGGAUAGAGAACAGAGGUUUACCUAGAAAAGUGAGGAUCUAUAUGGUCUCUAUAUGGUCUGUACUGUUUACUAGAAUAAACAUUUCCAUUAAUGAA